UUACGCAGCACUACAAGGAGAACCGAUCUAAGAACCGUACAGUGCGCGAGGACAUUCCGCUGGCAAAACAGCUGCAGGACUUGGAGAAGGAGAGAAUUCAAGCGCAACGAAGUGCUGCAGCUCGCCCUAAGCCGGAACGAGUACUGAGCUUAGGACAGCAGCAGCAGCCACAGCAGCCGCAACAAUCAGCAGAAAGGAAUGAUGAGGAGAUUGCCAAACAAAUUCAGCGACGUCUUUGGGUUGAGGAGGAGAGAGCCAGGCGGUUAGCUGAAGAAGCCGAUGAAAGACUGGCGCAAAAGUUGGAGCAAAAGGAAAAGGCAAGACAAUUGCGAAAAAGAGCUCAAAAGGAGAAGGAACAAGUGGAAAAGCUGACGCAGCAAAUUGGCGCCGACUAUGGUCUGGAGUCAGGGCAGCUGUCGAGCAGUCCAUCGACGCCCCCUUCACUCAGCUCGCCCUCUUUUCAGCGCAUUCUCACUGAAGACGAACAGGAGCUAGACUUGUCGGAGUUUUGCAUGCCACCACCACCAGGCCUAACGCCUGAAGAGCUAAAAUUCUUUCUUGAGGAUCAAGAUGCUGAAAUUGCCCGACUUUUGCAGCAUCAAGAGUUGAAGCGAAACAAAAACCCAGAGAAGGAAAAACUGGCUGUGAUCGAGGCGCAGGAUUUUGAGCUGGCUCGAAUGCUGCAAAGAAUGGAGAAAGACCGAGUGCGGAGAAUUAGAGAGAAGAUGCGCGCAAGGCAGCAGCGCACUCGCGAGGCAGAAGACGGUGCCGGUCCCAGUUUUGUCAGUAUGGCCCACCUUGAGCCAGAAAACUACCAGCGCACAUCAACUCCCAUUUCGCCGCACAGCUCAUUUGAGGCGGAGACGAGACCGGUAGAGAACGAGUACGACAUUCCGGAGAACCACCUGCUGCAGGGUGACACUGAGAGCAUCACCUACGAGGAGCCCUACCAGUUGCUCUCUCAGGCGAGUGAAGCCCGCCAGAAGCAGCAGCAGUCAUUCCACAACAUUGCAAUGGACCUUGACCCCACCUACCAGCGGCGCUCUCAGGCGUACUCGAGCACCUCGCCGCUGAUGAUGCCUGGUCACUCUGCCUCAAACCUGCUCGAGUCCUGCGUUGAUGACGGCGACGAGAUGACGACGGCCGGUUCGCCGCAGUUUGGCGCUCUCAUCCGGCCGAAUGACUCACUGGAGAAGCUUCACCGAACGAGCAACAAUCGAGCCGACUCUGCUGGCCCGGUCACCAGCUCAACCAGCUCAUCGCGGUCGUCGCGGACCAGCGCCUCCAGUCGGCACUCGGGUGACAGUCGAGGGCAGAGGAGUGACCACAGUGCCAGUGCUCGUGGCCACCAGCAGCAGGUGACGAUGAGUGAUGACUACGCACCGCCACUGCCCCCACGAGACAACUCACUGCUGUCGAGACACAGGGCACAGCUUCACCAGCAGAGCCCAUCACCGCCGGCAGCACGGUCUUCAGCGGUGGCAACAGCAUCAGCAGUAGCACCAUCAACACCCCCUCCACUAUCCCCACCACUGCCAUCUGCGGACAGUAAACCGUUUGCCUCUUCACCACCGACUGGCACCAAUUACCAGCACCUGCCGCCUCACCACCCGCAACAUCCGAACCGUCGCAGCCACGGUGCUGACACGGGCGUGCCGUCACCAUCAAACCGCUCUUCCAUUUACUCAGUCACAUCAGCUAAUAUGCCAAUCCAAGGACAGCGGAGAAUCGCCUCUAUGGAGAAACCGAAGAAGGAGAAGCAUAAAGGCCAGGAUGGCUGCAAGACGCAGUGA